GUAAAUGUGUUUAUUACAGAAGUAUUUAUAAUUUAGUAAAAUCUGAACGAACAUACAUACACAACAGGUGGGGAAUAGACAAACAAUGCAUGAUUCAGUCAUAAAACGUGUUCCAUGUAGCCAUUAGGAAUCAUAAUUUUAAUUAAGUGAGAUUAUUUAUAAUUUUAAUAAUACUAGGUCCUUACAUUAAACACUUUUGGGUAUCUUUUAGGGAUAGUGUCUAGUUAUCUUUCCAUUAAUCCUUUCCGCAAAACCUAAAGCAUGCUUUCCCAUGGAUACAAACUACUACAUUGUAUGAAUAUGUAAUUAGUGGGAGUCUCUCUGAGCCUACUCUGGCUCAGAAAGCCAUCCCUAAAGAAGAAAAAGAACAAACAAACAAACAAAAAACAAUUAUUUUCUAAACUCUUUAUUUUGGAUAUUUCUGUUUCUAUAUUUUGUUACUGCAGAUUUUACUAGAUUGAAUAGCCUUAACCAUAAAUACUUGCAUCAAUCUCUAAAUUUUUUUCUUCAACACUAACUUUUGCAAUUAGAAUUUUGGGGGCAAACGAUAUAUUUUAAAGGCCCUUGCCAUGUGUAUGUGGCCAAAAUGCUUCCAGAAACAUUUCCACUUCUACUAGCAAAGUAUAUGAUUAUACCUACAGAGUAUUUAAGUUUUAUUCCUUUACAUAUUUUUUCAUUGCCAAAAUUGUCUAUAGUAGAAAAAAUGAAUAAUAAAUAACCUAAAAAAUAAAUGAAAAGUUCUCCCUCUGAGGACAACAGAGAAAUUUUUAGCUUAGAGGCUAAUAAUAAUAAUACCCUUCUUCUCUAGGAGCAUAAAGAGCAGCUUUGAGGAGCAGAAGACGUGAAAUGCAAUGUUUAGUCUGGGUGGGUGCAAGAUCCAGGCAGGGGUGGGGACGGCCACUGCACAGAACCCUGUUCCCUUGCUUCCUGUUCCUCCCGCCCCUCCUCCCUCUGCAGCCCUUGUUCUCAGAGGCCAUCCCCAGACCCACAGCAGCAGGUGUUACGGCUGCAGGCCUCAAGCUCCUUUGUUUUGGGAGAAACGGUUGAGGAGUUAGUAUUUACUGAGCAGCUUAUAUGCUCCAGUCAGUAUUAUCACAUAAUAAUUACUGUUAAGUAAUACAUGAAAAUAUUUAAAUUUAAAGCAUUUGAAUAUUUUAAAAGUAUAGGGAGCAAAAGGCCGCCAAAGUGUCCUUUCACUCACUAACGUCCGGUCGGCAGUUUAGCAUGCAUCUUUUUAGACUUUUUUAGGCAUUUGCAUCUGUGAUUAUGCAGAAAUGUACAGCUUUGCUUUUGUUUUUCAACUGAAUCAUUAGUAUAGUUCUGCAAGUUGCUUUUUGAUCACUUAGUGUAUCUUCAUUAUCCAGGCUCAUGACAAUAAAUCAACUCUUUUUACCCGCUGCACUGAAUUCCCUCUGAGGGAUGAGUCGUCAUUCCUCUAAGCAGUUUCUGCUGGGUGGCUGGCUCAGUUGGUUACCACUUUUAUAUUAAAAAUAGUGCUGCAGUGUCAUUCACACAGAGGCUUCUCCCUGCACCCAUGCAAGUACUUUGCUAGACUAAACAUCAGAAAGUGGAAUUUCUGGGCCAAUUGUGCACAUUCUAAAUUUCACAUUUCAUGAUAUUGUAUGAGUAAAUAAGUUCCAGUGGUUUUGUCCCAUGACCGAGAGCAAAUAACUUGUGAAUCUGAGUGCCUUUACUUACUGCUUACCCUCUUUGUGUCCCUAACCCUAAUAUCAUGAGCCUGGCCCCUUGUGGGUACUCAGUAAAUAUUUGUUGAAUGACUUUAUGAAGGGAAGAAAGAAGUAAGGCCUGGUCUUAUUUGCAGCUCUCUGAUCACUAGCCUUGGAUUAAAUGUGGUAGGUUCAGCCCCUCACUGACUGCAAGGCCCCACCAGGCAGUCUUCCUGAAUCCCACCAGGAGUCCACUGGGCCACGAGUUAACCAAGAUAAUGGCCAAGAGCUGAGGCUUUGAGGAGUCCAUAGUGUUGGACACCCACGGUGGUGGACCAAGCAGAAACAAGGAACCCAAGGAAAAAGGGCCCGCAAGAAACAAAAGGGGGAUGACAGAGGGUUGGACAGGCAGGGAAAGUUUGGGGAAGCGAUAGGAUUCUGAAUAUUUUCAAACAGUAGAGUGAGGAUGUCCUGAUCAGAUAACAGAUGUGCAUUUUACAUAGACAUGGUUUUACAGGUGAUUUUCCAUGUUGGAACUCAAAGGUAAAGACACUCAAGGACAGAAAUCUUUUGCAGAGUGUCUGACCCACACCGGCUGGUGUCUCCUGAUACGCAGCACGGAUGGAAAUGGCAAGUUCCCUGGCCUUUCUUCUGCUCAGCUUUCAUGUCUGCCUCCUCUUGGUCCAGCUGCUCACUCCUUGCUCAGCUCAGUUUGCUGUGCUUGGACCCCCUGGGCCCAUCCUGGCCAUGGUGGGUGAAGACGCUGAUCUGCCCUGUCACCUGGUCCCGACCAGGAGUGCAGAGACCAUGGAGCUGAGGUGGGUGAGUUCCAGCCUCAGGCAGGUGGUGAGUGUGUAUGCAGAUGGAAAGGAAGUGGAAGACAGGCAGAGCACAGAGCAUCGAGGGAGAACUUCGAUUCUCCGGGAUGGCAUCGCUGCAGGGAAGGCUGCUCUCCGAAUACACAACGUCACAGCCUCUGACAGUGGAAAGUACUUGUGUUAUUUCCAAGACGGUGACUUCUAUGAAAAAGCCCUGGUGGAGCUGAAGGUUGCAGCACUGGGUUCUGAUCUUCACAUUGACUUGAAGGGUUAUGAAGCUGGAGGGAUCCAUCUGGAGUGCCGGUCCACUGGCUGGUACCCCGAGCCCGAAAUACAAUGGAGCGACGCCAAGGGAGAGAACAUCCCAGCUGUGGAAGUGGAAGCACCCGUGGUUGCGGACGGAGCGGGUCUAUAUUCAGUAGCAGGAUCCGUGACCAUGAGAGGCAGUUCUGCGGAGCAGGUGUCCUGCAUCAUCAGAAAUUCCCUCCUCGGCCUGGAAAAGACAGCCAGUAUUUCCAUCGCAGACCCGUUCUUCUGGAGCGCCCAGCCCUGGAUCGCAGCCCUGGCAGGGACCCUCCCUAUCUCGCUGCUGCUUCUCGCAGGAGCCAGUUUCUUCUUGUGGCGACAGCAGAAGGAAAUAAUUGCGCUGUCCAGGGAGACAGAAAGAGAGCGAGAGAUGAAAGAACUGGGAUAUGCCGGAACAAAGCAGCAAAUAAGCAUUAGAGAGGCGCUCCGGGAGGAACUCAAGUGGAGAAAAAUCCGGUACCUGGCUCGGGGAGAGAAGUCUUUAGCCUAUCAUGAAUGGAAAAUGGCCCUCUUCAAGCCUGCGGAUGUGAUUCUGGAUCCAGACACGGCAAACCCCAUCCUCCUUGUUUCUGAGGACCAGAGGACUGUGCAGCGUGCUGAGGAGCCCCGGGAUAUUCCAGACAACCCCGAGAGAUUUGAGUGGCGUUACUGUGUUCUCGGCUGUGGAAGCUUCACCUCAGGGAGACAUUACUGGGAGGUGGAGGUGGGGGACAGGAAAGAGUGGCAUAUUGGGGUGUGCAGUAAGAACGUGGAGAGGAAAAAAGGUUGGGUCAAAAUGACACCUGAGAACGGAUACUGGACUAUGGGACUGACUGAUGGGAAUAAGUAUCGGGCUCUCACUGAGCCCAGAACCAACCUGACACUUCCUGAGUCCCCUAGGAAAGUGGGGGUCUUCCUGGACUAUGAGACUGGAGAUGUCUCAUUCUACAAUGCGGUGGACGGAUCUCAUAUCUACACCUUCCCGCACACCUCCUUCUCUGAGCCUCUGUAUCCUGUUUUCAGAAUUUUGACCUUGGAACCCACUGCCCUGACCAUUUGCCCAGCGCCAAAAGGAGUAGAGAGUUCCCCGGAUCCCGACCUAGUUGCAUCUGAUCAUCCUCUAGAGACACCAGUGGCCCCGGGCUUAGCUAACCAAAGUGGGGAGCCUCAGGCCGAAGUAACAUCCCUGCUUCUCCCUGCCCAGCCUGGAGCUGACAGCCUCCCCCUUCACAGCAACCAAGCAGAGGCAUAA